UCUGGUUCCACGUCUUCCCAAGAUAUCGUACAAAGCUUUGGAAAAUAUGUUGCACAUUACUUUUAGUUUUGACAGCAUUGCAUUGAUUGGAAUUGCAAUAAGAAGGAGCAGUCAGAAUAAUAUGUAAUUACUUUUAAUUAUACGGAGUUAUACUGUUGUUGGGUAUUCUGAUUUCUUUCAUUACUGUAUGUUAAUACAUUUCAGUCACAAGACCCCUUUUAGUCUAGUUUUUGUUCUCUGGGGUAAUGUAUUGUUCCAUUAGCCCAUUUGAAGGUAUUAUUCAGACUGUUAUUCAGACUGUGGUUAUUUGGUCUUCCCUGUGACUCACUUUAUCCAGGAGUUUCCUGUGUAUAAACUGCACUUGUUCAAAAGAGGUGCCUCCAGAGAUGGACAAAUGUUUCUGUGUUGAUGCCUGAUUAAUACCAUGGAUUGCACUCAAACAAUGUUCAGUUUUACAAGAAGAAAUAGUAUGACUUUUAAGCUAACACAGUGGAUUAAACCGAUGGGAUUAGAUCCACUUAUUUUACAAAUCAGUUGGUUUCAUUGUCUGUUUACAUACUGGUAAAAUCAGACAAAUCAUUGGCUGUAUAGGGAGACUGUUCAACAGUAAAAUGAAGUUUCCUAGUUCAUAUAAACCACUGGUUAACAAUUAAGGAUAGAAUAGUUUAAAAAUGAUUGUGGAGUAAAUGAGGUACAAUAAUAAUUACAUCUGCAAAGAUAUGCAUUUAUCUCGUGCAUUUAAUAUCAAAUUAAAUCCAAAGUGGUUCAUUGAACCAUAAGUAGUCAAAAAUGAUUAAAAUAAUCCAACUUAACUAGCAAAAGAACCAAAGGGACGAUUAAGAUUUUUUUAAAAAGUGCAGUAAAUUGAGAUCUGAAGUGCGUUGCCUCAAGAUUGUCAGCAGCAGAUUCUAUCAUAAUUUCCAAAGUGGAAUUGGAUAAAUAUUUGGCAAGUACAUUGAGAAAGAGUGGGAGAGUGUAACGAAAUGAUUGGACACAUUUUCAGAGAGCUGAUUUUCUAAUCCUUUAGUAUUCUAUGAUCCUGACUAAUGGUAAUAUUGGAUAUGUUUGACCCCAGAAUGAAACCUAGCUUGAUAGAUCAUAAGUUUUACUUUUCCAGUUUGGUUACCAUUUUGGUUAUCUGACGAAGGGCUCUGGCCCAAAACGUCGAUUUUCCUGCUCCUCCGAUGCUGCCUGCCCUGCUGUGCUUUUCUAGCAACACACUCUCAACUCUGAUCUCCAGCAUCUGCAGACCUCACUGCCUCCUACCAUUUUGAUCAAUAGGAUAUUGGAAAUCCAUUAACCAAAGAAAACUUCAUGAUAGCUAAUUGUUGGCUUCCAAAGCUUUCUCCAUCUAGUCCAUUCCACAUAUUUGAUGAUGUCGAGCUCAGGUCCAGAAAGGGGCUAUGCAGAAGACCCAGAGAUGGAUAAAGUGGCAGAGCUUCAGCAGGAACACCUGGCGCAACAGGUAGCUGCUGUGCAGGUGUCUGAGGAUCCCUCUUUGAGGCAUGUUGGGACGGGAUGCCAGAGCACUGGGGUCAAGGACUCAGACCAGUCAAAUGCUAAAGGAGGCACACACACCAAUGGAGUAAAUGAGGACAACACCAGAACCUAUAAGAGUGUGAGCAGCGUGACAAAGAAGAUAGCCUCGAGGCCUAAACUCUCUAGCAGGAAGCUUUCCCUUCAAGAACGUUCGUCGGGAAAUGCUCUCUCAGCAAGCGGUGUCCUACCGAGCUAUGGUGCCUAUUCAACUGGGCCAUUGCCAUCUGCAAGACGGCCAACUGUUGAGUCCAGCCGGAUCAAUAUGGUCAACUGCCAGGAUUCCACGCAGCUGAACCAAUACAAGCUGAAGACUGAGAUCGGAAAGGGCUCCUAUGGUGUUGUGAAGCUGGCCUACAAUGAAAACGAUGACAAGCAUUAUGCCAUGAAGGUACUUUCUAAAAAGAAGCUGAUGAAGCAAUAUGGAUUUCCACGUCGUCCUCCUCCCCGGGGAUCGAAGCCCCCAUCUGCUGAACAGUCAAAGGCCCCCGCGCCUCUGGAGAGGGUCUAUCAGGAAAUAGCCAUACUGAAGAAACUGGACCACCCCAACAUUGUCAAGCUGGUAGAGGUUCUGGAUGACCCCACUGAAGACCAUCUACACAUGGUAUUUGAACUCAUGAGUAAAGGGCCUGUGAUGGAGGUACCGACAGAUAACCCAUUCUCAGAGGAACAGGCACAUUUUUACUUUAGAGAUAUCAUCUUGGGCAUUGAAUACCUACACUACCAGAAGAUCAUUCAUCGAGACAUCAAACCUUCAAAUCUGCUCCUGGGAGAUGAUGGCCAUAUUAAAAUUGCUGACUUUGGAGUAAGCAACCAGUUUGAGGGGAACGAUGCCUUGCUGUCCAGUUCAGCUGGGACUCCAGCAUUCAUGGCACCAGAGACACUCUCAGAGACCAGGAAGAGCUUUCAUGGGAAGGCUUUGGAUGUCUGGGCCAUUGGUGUCACCUUGUAUUGCCUGGUCUUUGGCAAGUGUCCCUUUAUAGAUGAAUAUAUCCUGGCACUUCAUGCCAAAAUUAAGAACUGGCCUGUGGAAUUUCCAGAAAAACCAGAAGUCAGUGAAGAGCUGAAGGAUUUGCUUCUUCGGAUGUUGGAUAAGAAUCCUGACACCAGGAUUACAGUUCCACAGAUAAAGCUGCAUCAAUGGGUAACAAAGAAUGGGACCGAUCCUCUUCCACUGGAGGAGGAACAUUGCAGUAUGGUUGAAGUCACUGAAGAGGAGGUGAUGAACUCUGUCAAAUUAAUUUCCAGCCUCUCAACUGUGAUUUUGGUGAAGGCCAUGUUAAGGAAACGCUCCUUUGGAAACCCGUUUGAGUUUCAGAGCAGGAAGGAGGGGAGGUCCAUGUCGGCACCAGGAAACCUUCUCAUGGACAAGACUAUGUUUCUGAAUUCCUCAAAAAGGCAUCCUUCAUUAAGAAAGGAGAGCAAUGGGGACACAGGGAAGGAGAUGGACCUGCCAGAUGUUUGCGAGGAUGAAGCAAUUUCCUGAGUGCCCUGAGCAUGUGCAUGCUGUGUUCGGUCUGGCGCACCCUGCUAUUUGACCUAUCUUUGCUCGGCUCACGAAAAAUCACUUCCACCUGCAAGUGUCAUUCCUCACGGCUGUCACCAACCAAAGCAUCUGAGGAGAAGAAGAGAGAUUCACGCCAUCCAGCCAAUGUCGACAUAACAAGACCACAGAGAAAUACUUUGGAUUCCUGCUUUACAGAUUGCCUUGCCAAGCAAAACAUCAGAUAGGGUUUGUAAAUAGGAAGUUUGUAUUGUCAAAGAUCAAACUGUUUAUCAUCCAAUCAAUCCAUCAUUGCCCAUUUGUCAUGUGAGCUAUUGUUGGGCUUUGUUAGGCUGCUGGAUUCCAACCACAAAUGACCAUGUUUGAUACAUCUGCAUUGAACCAUUCAAUGGGUCUUCAGGUACUUUCACUGUAGUGAAGAAUAACAUGGAAACUUGGUUUGGAUAGACUGUGCAAUUUGUCAUUUAUCAACCGACAUGUAUCAACUGUGUGUCGUAAACCUUGUGGUCUUAUGUAACAGAAAUGCAGACAUUUCCCUUUAUUCCCUGCAGACUAAUGCACUACUGGCAGGGCACUUCAGAGCUGUGGUAUUUAACAUUCCAAAGAUUAAUGUCUCUGAAGUCACUCUUUAAUUAAUAAUGUAUAACAUUAGUGAUUAACCAAGCAAGCAUCAUGGUAACAGGUAAAUGGUCAUAAAUAAGUUAGUCUUUUAAUUAUUUCGCUUGUUCAGUGAUUGAUUGACACCAUUCCCUGCUCUCUCACUUAGGGCUACAUAUCUGCAAAAGGUAGACAUUUCAGUCAUGAUAAUUGUUAGGGUUUUGGGCCUAUUAGUUAAUCCAGGGUUGUGCAAUCACUUAUCCAGUCAGAGUUCAAGGGCUCAUGUGGCGAAGCCUGUAAUUCUUCAUUUUAUCAUGGAAUGUUGGUACCUUUGACAAGGUCCAUCCCUAGUUUCCCCUUGUAUUGAGUGGCAUGAUAAGCCCAUUUCAGAGGGCAAUUCAGAGUCAACCACAGAGUUCUCAGCUGCAUGGAGUCACAUGGCAUAACAGUCACAUGGGAAACAAGCAUAUAAUGUACAGGCACACAAUAUACAGUAUGCAUCUAUGACAAGUUUACAAUCACACAACAUGCAUACAGUCACCAGUCAUAAAGCAUGGGCUCAUGCGGUUUGCAGGAAUAGCAUAUGGUCGCAGAGCGCAGUAUACACCAGUAAAUUGCUAUACAAUUUACAGUCACACAACAUAAAAAAAUUUACAGUUUUCUGCCACACAGUUUACAAUCAGACAUUUUGCACUUAGUACACCUUAUUGUAACACAGUUUAUAAUCAUGCAGCUAUGGUUACAUGAUUUAUAGUUGCAUAGUACCAACUGUUAGCAUUGACCAUCUAAGUUUCCAAUUUUUAAACAAAUAUCUCCUGAGAAAAUAUUUACUGUGAUCUGUCAAUAUGAUCCUACAUUCACCGUUGGCUAUGUGAAAUGUGAAACGUUGUCUUUAAAAUAUUGGGUUCAUCAAUGUUAAAUUUGACCAAUUAAUUUUAUUGUUAAAGGUGAGUAAUAUUUGAUUGGUGAUGUAUUUGAUUGGUCAGUGAUGUGUGCUUCUGAAUUAAAAGAGCAACUGAUGUGUUUUCUGAA